AUGUCAAGAGAGGAUAACGUUUACAUGGCCAAGCUCGCUGAGCAAGCCGAGAGAUACGAAGAGAUGGUCCAGUCAAUGAAGCUGGUUGCCGAGCUGGACGUUGAGCUGACCGUUGAGGAGCGUAACCUGUUGUCUGUUGCCUUCAAGAACGUCAUUGGUGCCCGUCGUGCCUCCUGGAGAAUUAUCUCAUCCAUCGAGCAGAAGGAGGAGAGCAAGGGUAACGAGAGCAACGUCAAGAAGAUCAAGGGAUACAAGACCAAGGUCGAGAAGGAGCUCUCUGACAUCUGCCACGACAUCCUCGACGUCCUCGACAAGAACCUGAUCCCAUCCAGCACCACUGGCGAGUCCAAGGUGUUCUACUACAAGAUGAAGGGAGACUACUUCCGUUACCUCGCCGAGUUUGCCAGCGGAGCCGUCCGCAAGGAGAGCGCCGAGAACUCUUUGAUCGCCUACAAGAGCGCCAGCGACGUCGCCGUCACCGAGUUGGCCCCAACACACCCAAUCCGUCUUGGUUUGGCUCUCAACUUCUCUGUCUUCUACUACGAAAUCCUCAACUCACCAGACCGUGCCUGUGGUUUGGCCAAGCAAGCCUUUGACGAUGCUAUCGCCGAGCUCGACACCCUGUCCGAAGACUCAUACAAGGACUCCACUCUGAUCAUGCAGUUGCUCCGUGAUAACCUGACUCUGUGGACAUCUGACAUUCAGACCAGCGACAAGCAGGAGACGCAUGAUGAG